CGAGCAUCCUCUUAAUCUUCUAUUCUUCAUUUCUGUCUUCUUAUUGUCUCGAGGCUUUACUCAAAGCCGCGGCCGGGUCUUUACUCACCUUACUUUGGAAGGUCAUUACUCGUCAUCAGUCUUUCCUAGCCGCACAAUGAACUGAGUCCUGACCGCAAACGGACGAGAUUCUUUGACUCUGCCGCACAACCUUACGUCCUUCCUCCUUUAACUAUGUCCUCAUUGUACUCCAUGCCGACCUCUGUCGCCGGCAGCGAUGCGCGAACGAAUGUCAUCUAUGCUCUUGGCCGUCUCAAAGAGAAAUUUCCCGAGAGGAUCAGCUGGAAUGAGCUAGUAGCAUACGUCCUGCCCAUACACAGGCGCACAGAAGAACAAAUCACAUAUUUUCGGACGUUUCUCAGCAAAAACCCCAAGGUAGAUUACGAUGAAGAGACCGAUACGUACAGGUACAGACCGGAGCAUAACAUCGCCUCGGCAGAUGAUCUGCUCAGACAUCUCCAAAAUCAAGAAUCUGCCAUGGGCAUCAAUGUGCGAGAGCUGAAAGACACAUGGCCCGAUGUGGAAUAUGCUAUAGACAAACUUGAAGCGCAACACAAGUUGUUGGUCGUGCGAAACAAGAAGGAUAACCAUCCACGGACAGUGUGGGUGGACGACCCGACCUUGAACGUCUCCUUGGACCCGGAGUUCAAGGACAUUUGGUCGCAAAUCCCUCUACCGUCUGUCGAAGAUACAAUCAGAGAGCUCCGCCGCAUGAACCACAAAUCCACUGGUGAGCCUGCACAGCUAGAUGCAGUGACAAAGCCAAAGGAGAAGAAGAAGAAAACGCGACGCGGCCAGAAAGUCACCAACACCCAUAUGCAGGGUUUGUUCAGAGACUAUUCAGAAAAAAGGCCGCAAGGGAGAUAGGCAUCUCCUUCAGACUGGGCCAAAGCAAAGAAGGCGACAUGAUGUUUUCUCACGCCCUAUCAUGUCGGUGUUCAAGAAAUAGACAUGGGUGGCAAGAAGCCAGGGACAACAUGGCAUCGUGAGUGGGCACACGCUGAGGCCUCCACGUUUGACGAAAAGUAUUGCUAUAUUAGAAUGAUACCCCGGAUAGGAAGGGCGGUUGGCGAACAGCGAGCGGCGUCAAGGGCGUAUAUACUACUAAGUGCUAUCAUUUUGGAGAUAUUCAGAUUCAGAUUUGGAAUUGAGAAAAAAACCAACCCAUUGUCAUUUCAUAAUCAGCCAAACGUCCAUGACACCGCAGAUAUCAAACUCCGUACACGAUGGCGUCUUAAACCUCUCAGUCAUCAUCAGCACCAUCAUGCAUGGCCACCACCAUCAAGGCCUCGAUCCCGUGCCCAUAUCCAAAUCCACCAUGCCCUCCUCCCGGAACCGACUCACACUCCUCCGCCUAUCCCCAUCCACCACCGACAGCCCACGUCCAUCCCGACUCGACCGCCGUCGUUCCCUGGACGUCGACGACCGUGACCGUCCUCUCCCCCCUCCUUCUUCUUCCUCCCCAUCCCCACGCAUCAACGGCCGCAAACCACUAUCCGAGUUCCUCCUCGCGCCACCAACAGUUAUACCAGCGGCACUACCGGCAACAACCUCC